AUGGGCGACACGGAGCAGCCCGAUGCUACAGAGGAGGGCGAGCCCAACGAGGGCGAGGGCGACAACCAGGAGACCGGGAACCCUCAGGAAACCAAAGAUGGCAAGGAUGUGGUGGAGGUCGAUGACGACGAGGAGGCUGACAAAGGAGACUCGCAAAAGAAAGCUCGCACUGAAGCUGCGGCGACAAACGGCGAUUCAAAGGAAGCCGCUGCCGUCGAGUCCAAGUUCUUGGUGGCACGGCAUCUCCCAGAUUCGGCACGACACCGGGAGUGGUUUGACAAGUUUGGCUCUACUGGCAAGGUCCAGCAGGAACUGAACGGCAUGGAUGUCGAUGGAGCGACUGUCGACGCCAAGCUCAUUGACCAGGACGAGCGAUCUCGGCUUCUGCGAGAUCGCCAGGCACGCAGUGGCGAUCGGCACGGCCGCUAUCCAGACCGCGGUGCGAGGAUGCGGGGACCACCCGACCGAGGACACCGCAGAGACCGCAGCCGGAGCCGUCGCGGUGGUGGCGGUGGCGGUGGCGGUGGCGGUGGGGGCGACAGGCGAAGGCCUCGAAUGCCUCGAUCCUCGUACUUUUUUUGUAGGGGAGCAGGCUCGAAGAUUCUAUCUGGUACAUUCGAAAUCAUUCCAAGAAUUUUCUGUGGAUGCAGUUGGACAUGCCAGGCCAGCUUUGACCUUGCGAGGACGUGCAGGCACCGCGACCUGGAGAGUCCCAGAGCAGGGUGA